GUUCAUAGGCUGAAAACCUGUUAGAGAGCAUAGAGGACAUAUAGAACAUAUUGGUUUUGAUCCAUCGAUCCAUAUUUAAUCACGGAAUCGCAGUAUAUCGUAUGCGUUAUCGGCACACGUUUACCGACCAUCUCUACUACUGACUACUAUAGAUUCUCUAGUGAAAGGAAAAACAAAACAAUUGAAAUCCUUUAUUUGUCAUAUAUAUAUCUGUUAACUAACUGUCACGUACGGAACAACGAGAAGCAUAUAGAUUUCAACCUCAUCAGACAAAAAAUUAAAAAGUUCUCUUCGUGUGCUUCGUGGGACAUGUUGAAUCUGGUUCCGUAAUUGUGAAUCCUUUCAAUUAUCGACAUGGAGGCGGCCGCCAAGAGUGGCGAGUUUUUUUACGGAUGGGAUCUGCUCUAUAAGACGGUUCAGGCAGAUGUCAACAAGAAAGCUGACCUCCUGGUUGCCCUCAUCCACUUUCUCCUCACUAAGCACUACAGCUUCCGGUGCGUUGGUAUUGGCGAUGAUAAAACAUUGCCUGAAGAAGAGGGCAGCGAACUGCUGCCGGAUAGCUGGAACGACGAUGACACAAAAUAUUCCCUGCGCUACGUUCACGACAAGGUUCUCUAUCUUUUGCUGGGCCACAUUACCGAGGAUGCGCUGCUUGUGAAUCUGAUGGACAUAAAUACCAAGAAGGUUUCAAACAUUUGCCUUGAGCCCGAGACUCUGGUAGCUGAAGUCAAGGGUAGCAUUGCCACUCUUAUGCCAAGCGCUUCAGAGAUUGUUGACCGGUACCGAAAGGAGCUCCUUGAUCCGGUCUUUACGGGCAAUUCGCGUGAGGUUACCACACAGACUACCGCUCCACGAGCCAGCGGAUCGGAUCCUCUUCGUAUUGGCGAGCCCAGACGGCCCGGGUCCUACAUGCCAGGAGGUUUCGAGCCUCGCCCUUUUGGCUUUCCGGACAUCGGUCGUGGCGACUUGGAUCCACUGGGUCGCGGUGGUCCUGGUAAUCUUUUUGCGUUUCCCUCGCGCCCAAAUAUGGGCCCUGGAGUGGGACCGCUACCGCGAUUUGAUCCGUUCGGUCCCGCCGAUCCUAAUGUGCCAGGUCGUGGACCCAAUCCAGAUCAUAUGAGACCGCCGAAUUGGGAUCCCGAUUAUUACAUGUGAAUACUAGGAGUACCAUGAAUGCUCUGGAGCACAGAUAAAAUCUUAAGUUACUAACUUCAAAUUCCGGAUAUACUGUUUUAAUUGAUCUGAGAAAAAAUGAAUAUAUAAUUGAUUUAUAAUAAUUAAAUACAACAAUUAAUUUUUUGAA